GAAAUCCAUUUUUUAUUCGGUCGGUAAUUGUCCGAAAUAGCUAUAAAAUAUUACAAAACAAACUUACAUUUCCGUUGAAAAUCCGAACAUUUUAGUCAAAAGAACUUAGCCGACGUGAAUAAAAAAAAAUAAUAAGACGACGAAAGCGAGCAGAAGACCUUGUGAAAAUACAAACGAGUCAAAAAGGAAAAUGUCCACAAAAAGCGUAGAAAAUGUUGAAAGAAGCACUUGGUUCCUUAUUAAGGCGAAGAUACAAUAUUUAUUCCUUGUCUCCUGGGAUGCUCCGCUCCGUCUAUUGUCCUCCCAUUCCUCAGUGCUGAUGCUUAAUUUUCAAAACUUCUAUAUUACCAAGGGACCUACGACAUCAGCCGAGAAAUACCCUGCAAGUACAAAAUCCGUGAGCCAGCCCCGUCCGUGCAGAGGGGAGACGCUCGCGUUCCGCCAGCUUUCCACCGUUACCGAGAGCGCGCGAGGGGGACUUUUCCAUUUCUCUCGCUUUUUGAGGAUUUUAACACAUUUUUAUUUUUAUUCGAUCGGGCCAGAGAGGAGAGGGGGGAAAAAAAAAAACACGGGUUACUUUGGAGAAAGCACAAUGUCAGCGACCUUCCCCGGACUUGUCCACGACGCAGAGAUACGUCACGACGGAUCAAACAGCUACCGGCUCAUGCAGCUCGGCUGUCUGGAGUCCGUGGCCAACUCCUCGGUCGCCUACUCCUCCUCCUCCCCGCUCACCUACCCGGCGCCGGCGGGGACGGAGUUCGCCUCGCCCUACUUCUCGGCCAACCACCAGUACACGCCCCUGCACCACCAGUCCUUCCACUACGAGUUCCAGCACUCGCACCCGGCCGUGGCCCCGGAGGCCUACGGCCUCAACUCGCUGCACUCGGGCCAGUACUACCAGCAGAUCCACCACGGCGAGCCGGCGGACUUCAUCAACCUGCACAACGCGCGCUCGGCCCUCAAGUCCUCGUGCCUGGACGAGCAGCAGCGGCGCGAGCUGGGCUGCCUCGACGCUUACCGGCGCCAUGACCUGUCGCUGAUGACGUCACACGGCUCGCAGGCCUACGGCGUCGGCAUGCACCACCCGGACCAGAGGCUGCUGCCCGCCGCCGGCCUGGGCCUCCCUCCGCCCGCGGCGGACGACCUGCAGGGCUCCGUGGAGGCGCAGUGUGGGCUCGUGCUGAACGGCCAAGGGGGCGUCAUCCGCAGAGGGGGAACGUGCGUGGUGAAUCCUACAGAUCUGUUCUGCUCGGUACCAGGCCGACUCUCGCUGCUCAGCUCCACCUCGAAGUACAAAGUCACCAUCGCUGAGGUGAAGAGAAGACUGUCCCCACCAGAGUGCCUCAACGCCUCACUACUGGGCGGCAUACUGCGCAGAGCGAAAUCUAAGAACGGAGGCCGAUGUCUUCGCGAGAAACUAGACCGUCUGGGCCUCAACCUGCCGGCAGGACGGAGGAAAGCUGCCAACGUCACGCUGCUCACCUCCCUGGUGGAGGGUGAGGCGCUCCACCUGGCGAGGGACUUCGGCUACACCUGCGAGACAGAGUUCCCCAGCAAGGCGGUGGGGGAACAUUUGGCGAGGCAGCACAGCGAGCCGAAAGAAACCAGCGCACGCAAGAAAAUGGUCCUGGCUACAAAGCAAAUCUGUAAGGAGUUCCAGGACUUGUUGAGCCAAGACCGUUCUCCUCUGGGCUCCUCCAGACCGACUCCCAUCCUGGACCUGGACAUCCAGAGACACCUCACACACUUCAGUCUGAUCACUCACGGGUUCGGAACGCCGGCGGUCUGCGCGGCUCUCAGCACCUUCCAGACGGUCCUGAGCGAGAUGCUCAACUACCUGGACAAAAACUCGAGCGGGAAAACGAGCGGACCCAACGACCAACAGAUCAACAACAGCUCGGAAAAGACACAGCUCCGGAAAAAUGUGGAGCCGCAGAGCAAAGACGGCAAAACGGAAAAGACUGAGUAGCCCCCUCCCACCUGGUCCCCGUGCCUUGGAGCGCUGCAUUUAGGAGUUUGGGUCUGCGUGUGUGUGUGAGAGUGUGUUUGUGUGU